AAAAAUGGCCGAUACCUGCCGAUAUCUCUUUGCAAUAACUACCUGUAAUAAACGGAGUUCAGUAUUUUCUUUACGUCCAUUUGUUUUUUCAAAUAGUAUUUGUGGUUCAAAUCAUCCGGGGUAAACAACACUAAACACACAACUGGCUUUUAAUAGGACGCAAUAAAAAUGAAGAAUAUUUUGGAUGUAAUGUCAGUACAAAAACGCGCUGAAGCAACUAAAAUGCAGAAACAAAAACCAACAGAUUAUCGAAAAGUUGAAAAGCCUGGUGUUGUGCCACGUUUCCUAUUUGAGUGCGCCAUCAAACUGCAGAUAAAACCACUGACCUCAGCAAGCGCCGCUAUAAUUUUUCACCGCUUUUUCAAUGAAGUUUCCAGUUCUGAUUAUGAUGAAUAUCUUAUUGCAGCGUCUGCAUUAUACCUAGCCGGCAAGAUUAAAGACGAUCCGGUCAAAAUACGCGAUGUUAUCAACGUCGCGCAUAGUACGCUGAAUCGGGGAUCUCAACCGUUAGAAUUGGGGGAUGAAUACUGGUCGAUACGCGAUGCUCUUGUGCAAGCUGAAUUACUAAUUGCCCGUACUUUGAAAUUCGAUCUAAAUUUCGAGCAUCCACACAAGUACUUAUUAUACUACAUAAAAACACUGCAAUCUUGGCUGGGCCCAACUAUCUGGUCCUCAGUACCAAUUGCAAAGUCAGCAGCAUCCUUCCUUCAAGAUUUUCAUCACAGUGCAAAAAUCCUAAAUCAAAAGCCAUCUCAUGUGGCAAUAUGUUGUUUGUCUUUGGCAUUGCAGUCAUAUGGCGUGCAGGUUCCACUAGCUGACGAAUCGGAUGAAGCUUCUAUGUGGUACACUCCGUUUGUUAACGAUCUGACCAAAGAAAAGCACUGGGAAAUUAUUGAAGAUAUCAUAGAAACUUACAAACAGGAGAGUGAAAUUAAUGCGGCUUGAUGCGAUCAUUAUAUUGGGUUUGUCCCUGAAUUCCAAAAUGUAAAAAUACAAACAAUUAGCAGGUAGUCGUUUUCAUUUCUGAACUAUAACAGAUGAAACUGCCAAUAUUCGCAACCAUGGCUUAAUACUAGUUACAAGUAGGUUGCAUAGGCUGAACAUUUUUCACACUUUGGAAUUUAGGGUAUCUCUGACAAACGUAGAUACCUACAUACAUUUAAGUAUAUGUGAAUUUGUGAUAAGGAAAUUCUUCAAGCUGUAUAAUAGGCUUUCGUGUAUUUUUUUCCUCUUUCUUAGUUUAUAUCCACUUAAACUGAAUUCCAUAAAAAUCAAAGCAUGCAAGCAUACAAAAUCCUUACUAAGCUAUGGAUCACGCUAAAUACGCAUAAGUUUGAUUGAAUAAAUUUUGUAUUUUUUUUUU